GUCUCCUCUCUCCAAACUCUUCCAUUCCUUCACAGAGAGAGAUGAUAUUCCCACCCCCUCUUUUGAUAGAUAUAAACAGGUAUUCUUCGUGGAGUGAGACACAGAAAGAGAGAUAGAGAGAAUGGAGAACAUGCUGCGGUCGUCAUCAUCUCGCCGUGAAACCAUGCCGGAAAACCACCAAUCGAAGAAGAUCGGCUGCAUGUCCGGCAUCUUCCGCCUCCUCCAAAACCACCACGACAACUCACGGAAGCGUCUGACGUCAGCAGGAAAGAAGGACAAAAGCGUCAUUUCUCCGAAGAAACCUAAACCUCCGAUGGUAACUCCCAGCGACAGGAAGGAGACGAAGCCCUACAGCCCGCCGGAAAAACCUUUCACCGACGGACAUCUCCGGCGGCUCUCGUGCGACGUGCCGCGAAGUCCAACGCUGCCACCGGAGAUCCGCCGGUCGAAUUCCGUCAACUCGCCGGGGAAUUUCCGCCGGCCGCCCGCGCUGGUGGCGCGCCUGAUGGGUUUGGAGGAGGUUCCGGCGGCUUCGUGGCCGGAAUCCGCUGCGGAGAAGCGGCGGAAGCUGCUGGGAGCUCUGGACAAGUGCGACCAGGAUUUGAAGUCGCUGAAGAAGAUCAUCGAGGCCGUACAGGCGUCGCAGGACCGCCGGAGAUCUCCGCCGAAGCCGGUGGCGCUGAAUCGGCUGAGAUCGGGUGGAGAAUCGGUGGCGGCGGCCCGGAUCCGGGGUCUGGAAGCGCGGGGAUGCGGUUUGAGGAAAUUGGACGGUGGAGAUUUGACGACGGUAGAGAAGCGAUGUUCGGAGUUUAACGGAGAGCAGCCGAGUCCGGUUUCCGUUCUCGAGGAGAUCUAUUCGCCUUUUAAAAAAGGGUCCGAUAGAUCGGACAAAGGAAGCCAAUGUAAGAAGCUAAAAGACGACGAUCUCAAUAGUUCAUUCUUCCACAGGAUGAUCGAACCAUUGCGGCGUCCAUCAGGCCAGAAAGGAGAUGGCCCAUUCAAGUAUUUGAGUUUGAUGGUGAAGCAUCGAACGUCGUUUCGAGGUAGCAAAGCCAUGAUUGAAAGUGUAAAUGAGGUGUGGAUGGAAGGGAUUUUGGAAGAAAGAUGGGAAUUGGGGAGAGUAGGAAUAGUUUUAGAAAGUGAUAUAUUUGGAGAAUUGAUUGAAGAGAUUGUGAGAGAGUUGGGGUUUUAUCAAGAGUCUUCACUUCCCUUUGAAGUAUGUAGGAAAAGGCUUUGUUUUUAGUAUCAUUUGAUAGGGAAGUUUGAAUUGUGAGAAAUGAGAAAACUUACAUUGUUUGAUGUAACUAAAUUGAGUUUUCUGA